AUGGACGAUCUCUUGUUCCUUGCUGUUGAAGUUCGCCUUGUGGCAGCAGCAGCAGCAGCGGCACCUCGUGCGACUCCCUCUGCCUUGGCGAAAUGGUGUGUGACUAUCUCGAAAACGAGUGCGACGCCUGCGAUCCGUGCGACGCCUGUGACGUUGCCAUCGAACAGCCUUGAACGACUCGCUUCAUUGGUUGAGACCCUCAGCUGCUGUGAGGCGCCAGAGGAGUAUGCAGUGCUUGAGAUCGUCUCUGCUGCCAUGAAGCAUGCUUACGCCACCACACCUGUUGACAUUAGCAUACGCAGCACCGGCCACAGCAGCAGCAUCAGUAACACUACCAGCAGCAGCACCAGCAGCAACAGCAGCAGCAGCAGCAGCAUUCACAACGUGGUGGUGCAACAGCUGCAGGCGCGGGGGUACGAUGCUGCAGUGUGCCAUGCUCACUGGAAGUGCUUCAAAGGCUUUCGCCAUGGUUGCCAUGACUACUGUGACGUCAUUCUUCAGCCAUCCUCCCCCAACCGUCUGCCCACCCGUUUAAUAAUCGACCCCGAUUUUCGGGCACAGUUUCAAAUCGCCCAUCGCACACCGCGCUACGAUUACAUCCUCCAGCUGACCCCACUUUUUUUUGUGGGCUGCCCGGAUCGGCUGCACCAGCUGGUGAAAGUUUUGUGCGAGGCGGUGUGGCUGUCAAUGCAUGCACAGGGAUUGCAUGUACCACCGUGGCGCAGGCACCAAUACGUGGCUGCCAAGUGGACUGCGGCUUACGCCCGCCGAGUGGCCGCAGAUAGUCACCUGGCAGCGCUGCCCCACAGGACGGAUUGGGCGAUGGUGAUGGAGAAAGAGAAGCACCUCAUGUGCCUCAAUGUCAUGGAGACCGGCAAGCAGCUGCUCAAGCGCGAGGAGAGCAAGGAGAGCGAUUGCUUAAACCCAUCAUCCCCUCUCUCCUCCUGCACUGUUCUCUCCCCAUUCUCAUUUCAUAUUUUCCCGUUGAUACUGGGGCAAAGGCAAGGUGGAGAGGCAGUAUCGCAUGGGCGGAAAGGGCAAAGUGGAGAGGCAGUAUCGCAUGGGGUGUGGGGAGUGCGGGGUGAUGGUGACAUGCCCUUCCCUUGUCCCCCUAACCCUCUCUGUAACCCCCUUCCCUCUAACAGGGGCGAGGGCAAGGUGGAGAGGCAGUAUCGCAUGGGGUGUGGGGAGUGCGGGGUGAUGGUGGCGUAUCGGAGCGAGGAGAGCAUGGAAGGAGCCAAAUUCGUCUACAUUCCUGCUGAUGCCCUUACGGACGCCACUGCCGACACUAAACCUAAGGAUGCACCUGUGCCACCCUGCAUCCAGGAGCUGGACAGCGGGUUGGUGCAGGUGGCAAUAGAGGUGGAGGAUAGAGCUCAGCGCUCUGCCAUUCUUCGCAUCAAUGCAGACGAUGUGCGGGUGGCAGUGACAGCAGCUGCACACAGGGGCAAUGAGGCGAGUGCAGAGCUGAUGGAGUUUCUGGCAAAGACGCUGGGGCUGCGCUUGGUGCAGCUGAGACUGCAGCGAGGGUGGUCCCACAAGUCCAAGAUGCUCAUGGUAGAAGACCUAACAGCAAGACAGGUCGCUGGCGAUACGGAUCCGACAUUCCAGACGUGCCUGGCUGACUGCCAGAAAACAGGAUGCGUGGCCGAGCACUGCAUUCCGGGCUGUCCGCCUGCAGCUGAUUCUGACGGAUUGGUGGCGGCUCCGUUAGAGCUCCGACUGCUGCGCUGGGACUGCGAGAGCGAGUGCAAGUACCAGUGCAUGCGCGAUAUCCAAAUGCCCGGGGUGCCUCAAGUGCAAUACUACGGCAAAUGGCCCUUCAUCCGCGUUUUUGGCUUCCAGGAAAUCGCGUCCUCCGCCUUCUCCAUCCUCAACUUCCUAGCCACGCUCUACGGCCUCUACUCCUUCCUGCGCCUAGUUUAUGUCAAGCUGCCGCGCAAGCCCAUGGGCAACAAGGGCCCGCUGUACGAGUAUUCAACGCUCAUGGCCAUCUAUGGGCUCUUCGCCCUCAACUCCUGGCUCUGGAGCGCCAUCUUCCACGCCCGGGACGUAUGGGAGACACAGUCAGGGGAUUACACAUCGGCGAUUGCCCUCAUCGGCAUGUCGCUGCUCGUCUGCAUCAUCCGCAUCAGCAGCCUCAGGGAGGAGGCCACACGGGUCAUGGUAGCAGCGCCUGUCAUUGCAUUCACCACCACACACAUAUUCUACAUGAACUUCUAUACUUUCGACUUUGAUUGGAACAUGGUUGUGUGCACUGCUAUGGGAGUCACACAGCUGCUGCUCUGGACCAUCUGGGCCAUAGCCAGCCGGCACCCCUCUGCCUGGAAGGUUCUCUUUGUGUCUGGCGGCACGGCUUUCUCCUUGCUGCUUGAGCUCUACGAUUUCCCGCCGAUUCUAGGCCUGUUUGACGCGCACUCGCUGUGGCAUGCGGCGACCGUGCCGUUCACGCUGGUGUGGUGGAGCUUCCUGUGUGACGAUGCAAGUUAUCGCACGCAGAUCCUUCUCGCCACGAAGAGGGCAGCGGGAGAAUCGAAGAAGGUGAAAUAG